CAAUUAUAACUAUGUUUAUGAUAUUUCUAGAUAUUUCUUGAGUACCGAAAAGUCAUCGAUAGAACGGCAUUUGUAUUCAGUUAGUUUUGAUGGGAAAACUAGAACUGCUUUGACUCCAACUGAUGAGACAGCCUAUUAUUCUGUAGAUUUUUCUACAGGUGCUGAGUAUUAUAAUCUAAAAUACGAAGGUCCUGAUGUUCCUUGGCAGAAAGUAUUGAAAGUUAGCAAUAGCUCAUUUGAAAUGAUCCUGCAGGACAACAAUAAUCUUAAAGAAUUACUUAAAACUAUUGAUUUACCCACAAUAAGACGUUUUACAGUAGAAAGUGAAGGAAAUCAACUCAACGUUAUGGAGAUCCAACCACCAGGAAUGGAUUUAACUGGACGUGAAAAAUACCCUGUUCUUUUUCAUAUAUACGCAGGUCCAAAUUCUCAAUAUGUUCAUACAAAGUUUAAUAUUGAUUGGCAUUCGUUUUUAGCGUCUUCACCACGCUUAAAAUAUGUUGUUGUGCUGGUUGACCCUAGAGGAACUGGGCUCAAGGGUCGUGCUUUUCGUUGUAGUGUAAGAAAACAUUUGGGAGAAUUCGAAUCAACAGAUAUAAUUAAUUCAGCAAAAUAUUGGGCUAGUUUACCGUAUGUUGAUUCUGGUAAAAUGGCUAUUUGGGGAUGGUCAUUCGGAGGUUUUGUAACUUCUAAAGUUAUCGAGAUGGAUUCCGGGAUGUUUCAAGUAGGAAUGGCUGUAGCACCAGUAACAGACUGGAGGUUCUAUGAUUCGAUUUACACGGAACGCUACAUGAAAACUCCUGCAUUAAACCCAUUAGGUUAUCAACUUAGCGCUAUAACCAACAUGACCGGGUUCGAUCAUGCCAAAUUCUUGGUGGUGCACGGAACUGGUGAUGGUAAAUAUUUUAUCAUUCUAUGA